GUGUGUGCCCGCCAUAGCAAUCGCCGCCGCCGCGGUGUGUGCGGGGCCCAGCGCAGGGGCCGGGAGCAGCGGCGGGGACCCAGCGGGGCAUCGGGCAGGCUAAGCCAUGACGUCAGGAUCUGGGCAUGUGGACUCCAAGGCUGAACUCACCGCUUUGCUGGAGCAAUGGGAGAAAGAACAUGGCAGUGGGCAAGACAUGGUCCCUAUCCUCACCAGAAUGUCUGAGUUAAUUGAGAAGGAGACUGAAGAAUACCGCAAGGGAGAUCCGGACCCAUUUGAUGACAGACACCCUGGUCGAGCAGAUCCAGAGUGUAUGCUGGGCCAUCUGCUGAGAAUACUUUUUAAGAAUGACGACUUCAUGAAUGCGCUGGUGAAUGCUUACGUGAUGACAAGCAGGGAACCUCCAUUAAAUACUGCUGCCUGCCGACUCCUUCUGGACAUCAUGCCAGGACUGGAAACUGCCGUUGUCUUUCAAGAAAAGGAAGGCAUAGUUGAAAAUCUAUUUAAGUGGGCCCGAGAGGCGGAUCAGCCAUUGAGGACAUAUGCAACUGGGUUGCUAGGAGGUGCUAUGGAAAACCAAGAUAUUGCUGCCAACUACAGAGAUGAGAACUCUCAACUGGUAGCUUUGGUUCUUCGACGGCUACGGGAGCUACAGGGUAAUGAAAUGACCGUGAAACAGGAAAACAAGCGUCCCAGUCCUCGGAAGCUGCCUUCGGAACCUCUGUUGCCUCUGGAUGAAGAGGCUGUGGAUAUGGACUAUGGGGAGAUGGCAGUAGAUGGGGAACAAGAGGAAGUUGCUGGGGAUAUGGACAUCUCUUUUCAUCUUGAGUCAAGCCACAAGACCAGCAGUCGAGUGAACUCUGCCACAAAGCUUGAGGACAUGGGACUAAGGAAAAGCAAAUCAGGGAAACAGCAUGAAAGAGACAGCUUCCGGAAGGCCAAACAAAAACUGGGCUUCUCUUCUUCAGAGCCAGAGCGGAUGUUCGUUGAGUUAUCCAACAGCAGCUGGUCAGAAAUGUCCCCAUGGGUAAUUGGCACCAACUAUACCCUUUACCCUUUGACUCCUGCCAUAGAACAGAGACUAAUUCUGCAGUACCUGACCCCCUUAGGAGAAUACCAAGAGAAGGAGUGGCUUGAGAUUUCCAUGUGGCCGCUGUCAUGCACCUUGCUGCAGUCAGCAGAUGUAUUACAAGAGGUCUGUAACCUUUAUUGCUUCCUAUGGAUGGAGCUGGGUACCUUUGACCUCUCAUCACAGCUGCUCCCUAUCUUCAUGCAACUUGGAUCAAGAGAGCUGAUGAUGUUCUACAUUGACCUGAAACGGACCAAUGAUGUGCUGCUCACCUUUGAAGCUCUAAAGCAUUUGGCAUCAUUGCUGCUCCACAACAAGUUUGCUACGGAGUUUGUUGCUCAUGGAGGAGUGCAGAAGCUGCUAGAGAUUCCUCGUCCUUCCAUGGCAGCUACAGGGGUCUCCAUGUGCUUAUAUUAUCUAUCCUACAACCAGGAUGCCAUGGAGAGGGUGUGCAUGCAUCCCCAUAACGUGCUGUCGGAUGUUGUGAACUACACUCUGUGGUUGAUGGAAUGCUCCCACGCCUCGGGCUGCUGCCAUGCUACCAUGUUCUUCUCCAUUUGCUUCUCCUUCCGUGCUGUCCUGGAGCUCUUCGACAGGCAUGAUGGCCUCCGUCGCCUAGUGAACUUGAUCAGCACCUUGGAGAUCUUAAACCUGGAAGACCAGGGAGCCCUCCUGAGUGACGAUGAGAUCUUUGCCAGUCGCCAAACUGGGAAGCACACCUGCAUGGCCCUGCGCAGGUACUUUGAAGCUCACCUUGCCAUCAAACUUGAACAGGUGAAGCAGUCGCUCCAGCGCACUGAAGGUGGCAUUCUGGUCCAUCCGCAACCACCAUAUAAGGCCUGUUCCUACACUCAUGAGCAGAUUGUGGAGAUGAUGGAGUUUCUAAUAGAGUAUGGCCCAGCACAGCUCUACUGGGAGCCAGCAGAAGUCUUUCUCAAAUUGUCUUGUGUGCAACUCAUGCUCCAGCUUAUCUCUAUAGCAUGCAACUGGAAGACAUACUAUGCCAGGAAUGACACAGUACGCUAUGCUUUGGAUGUUCUGGCUAUUCUUACUGUGGUUCCUAAAAUCCAGUUGCAGCUGGCAGAGCCUGUAGAUGUGUUGGAUGAAGCGGGAUCUACUGUCUCCACUGUGGGUAUCAGCAUCAUCCUGGGAGUUGCUGAGGGUGAAUUCUUCAUCCAUGAUGCAGAGAUCCAGAAGUCAGCCCUUCAGAUCAUCAUCAACUGUGUGUGUGGCCCAGAUAAUCGGAUAUCCAGUAUCGGCAAAUUCAUCUCGGGAACACCCCGACGAAAGCUCCCCCAGGCACCCAAAAGCAGUGAGCACACACUGGCCAAGAUGUGGAAUGUGGUACAGUCUAACAAUGGUAUCAAAGUGCUGCUGUCAUUGCUGUCUAUAAAGAUGCCAAUUACGGAUGCAGAUCAGAUCCGAGCGUUAGCCUGCAAGGCCUUGGUGGGGCUGUCUCGUAGCAGUACUGUCCGUCAGAUCAUCAGCAAGCUUCCCCUCUUCAGCAGCUGUCAGAUCCAGCAACUGAUGAAGGAGCCUGUGCUCCAGGACAAGCGCAGUGACCAUGUUAAGUUCUGCAAGUAUGCUGCUGAGCUGAUAGAGCGUGUCUCAGGGAAGCCAUUGCUGAUUGGCACAGAUGUCUCCUUGGCUCGGUUGCAGAAAGCGGAUGUGGUGGCCCAGUCAAGGAUCUCGUUUCCUGAAAAGGAGCUGCUGCUUUUGAUUCGGAACCAUCUCAUCUCUAAGGGGCUAGGAGAAACUGCUACUGUCCUCACUAAAGAGGCAGAUCUACCCAUGACUGCGGCAUCUCACUCCUCUGCCUUCACCCCUGUUGCAGCUGCUGCCUCCCCUGUGGCUCUGCCUCGCACACCUCGUAUAGCUAAUGGUAUCUCCGCCCGACUGAGUAGCCAUGCUUCUGUAGGUUCUACUGCCACCUCUGUCCAUGCUCAGCCAAGGCCUUCUGUAUCCCAGGGUCCACUUGCCCUUCCAGGUCCUUCUUAUGCCAGCAACUCCCCCUUGAUUGGCAGGAUUAGCUUCAUCAGAGAGAGGCCACCACCCUGCAAUGGCAGGAAAAUCAGAGUGCUGAGACAAAAAUCGGACCACGGCGCCUACAGCCAGAGCCCAGCCAUCAAAAAGCAGCUGGACAGACACCUCCCUUCCCCACCCACGCUGGACAGUAUAAUUACAGAGUACCUUAGGGAGCAGCAUGCCCGCUGCAAGAACCCUGUUGCCACCUGCCCCCCUUUCUCUCUCUUUACUCCCCACCAGUGCCCUGAGCCAAAACAGAGGCGCCAGGCGCCAACUAACUUUACCUCGCGGCUGACCCGUAGGGCGGCCUUUCCGAAGUAUGGAGGGGUGGACGGUGGAUGCUUUGAUAGACACCUUAUAUUCAGCAGGUUUCGUCCAAUUUCUGUGUUCCGGGAAGCAAAUGAGGAUGAAAGUGGCUUUACGUGCUGUGCAUUCUCUGCACGGGAGCGAUUCCUAAUGCUGGGCACUUGCACUGGGCAGCUGAAGCUCUACAAUGUUUUCAGUGGGCAGGAGGAGGCCAGUUACAACUGUCAUAACUCUGCCAUCACACACCUUGAGCCAUCCAGGGAUGGAUCUUUACUGCUAACAUCUGCUACGUGGAGCCAACCAUUGUCUGCGCUGUGGGGGAUGAAAUCUGUCUUUGACAUGAAGCAUUCCUUCCCAGAUGAUCACUAUGUGGAGUUCAGCAAGCACUCUCAGGAUAGGGUCAUUGGCACAAAAGGGGACAUUGCCCACAUCUAUGAUAUUCAGACUGGCAACAAGCUAUUGACUCUGUUUAACCCAGAUCUUGCCAACAACUACAAGAAGAACUGUGCCACCUUUAACCCCACAGAUGACCUUGUCCUAAAUGAUGGGGUGCUCUGGGAUGUCCGCUCUGCACAGGCCAUCCACAAGUUUGACAAAUUCAACAUGACCAUCAGUGGAGUUUUUCAUCCUAAUGGGCUAGAGGUCAUAGUCAAUACAGAGAUUUGGGAUCUUCGAACGUUCCAUUUGUUGCACACGGUACCAGCAUUGGAUCAGUGCCGUGUAGUCUUCAACUACACUGGCACAGUUAUGUAUGGAGCUAUGUUGCAGGCGGAUGAUGAAGAUGACCUACUGGAGGAGAGGAUGAGAAGCCCCUUUGGCUCAUCCUUCAGGACAUUCAAUGCAACGGACUAUAAACCUAUAGCCACCAUUGAUGUAAAACGGAAUAUCUUUGAUUUGUGCACGGACAGCAAGGAUUGCUAUUUGGCUGUUAUUGAGAAUCAAGGGAGCAUGGAUGCCAUGAACAUGGAUACAGUUUGCAGACUCUAUGAGGUAGGCAGGCAGCGUUUGGCAGAAGAUGAAGAGGAUGAAGAGGAAGAUCAGAAGCCUAUGGAGGAGGAAGAACAAGAGGAAGAGGAUGAUGAUGAAGAUGAUGAUGAUACAGAUGACCUAGAUGAACUAGACACUGACCAGCUGCUGGAGGCCGAGCUGGAGGAGGAUGAGAACAAUGAGAAUGCUGGUGAGGAUGGAGACAAUGAUUUCGCUCCCUCUGAUGAUGAGGAGCUUGCCAACUUGCUGGAAGAGGGGGAUGAAGGUGAAGAUGAGGAUUCUGAUGCAGAUGAGGAAGUUGAGCUGAUCCUUGGCGAUACUGACAGCUCAGAUAACUCUGACUUGGAAGACGACAUAAUCUUGUCUUUGAAUGAGUGAGGAGUGACCACCACGCAGGGUGUUGGCGUCAGGAGAAGUUCCCUUCCCAGAAGACAAGAGACCAACUCAGAAGCAAUUUCUGAGCACCCCUUGGGACAUCCAAGGAACUCCAGCCCAUCAGUUGUGUUGGUUUGGGUCAGAUCGAGACGCUUGAAUAAACAGACCGGGGGUUAGGCCUCUUUCUCUCUGCCUUUUUUUUUUUUAAUUUUUAAUUUUAGGCUGAGAUGAGACUCUCCUCUCCAUGGAAACGUCUGAAGCUAUUUCAGAAUAUAUUUUCUUUGUACAAAGUUCUUUCCUAAAGAACAAAAAUAGUUUUAUAUAAAACCAAAAAAAGGAAAAAAAAAAAAAAGAAAAGAAAAAAAGGCAGGUGUUAUAGUAAAAAGGGUCUGAACUUUGUAUCAGUCUAGUAUCUUGUUACCAUGGGUCAGGUUUGGGGGGAGAAAAAUUGUUUAAAAUUAACAAAGGGGCAUUUUUACUGAGUACUAAAUGAAAUAAGAGGAUCAUGGUUUCUAAAAUUGCCAAGAAUUGAGAAUUUUUUAUUUAAACAGGUGUUGCCAUCUGCUGCUAGCUUGUGUAUGUGUCACCUGCCUUUAGGGAAAAGCCCAAGGGGGUAACUGAACCUCCAGCCUGUUUUAAGCAGAGGUUCUUGCAGCAAGAGGGGGGAGGCUGACACCCAGUAUUCAUGGAGACAAGGGGCUCUGGGAUUGCAGUUUGGGCCCUUUUUUCCCCUUGUGAUUCAAGUUUUUUUAAUCUUUUUUUCUCCCUUUCACACCCUCUGUGGAAACUGCAAAUUGAAGGCCUUUCUUUAAUGUAAAGUGUAUUUAUUGAAAAAAAUAAAAUACAAGUCCUGUCUCUACGUAUGGCUGUGAGCUGGACCCAUGUUUUCCCCCUCAGACCUGCCCAAAUAGUAUUUGGCAGCACAGUAUCUCCCAAGACUCCCCAACAAGCAGCCUUCUGUGGCUGAGUUGCAACACAAAGGACAAGGUAAAUCGGAUGGGAGGAAGGAGCAGCGCUGCAGUUACAAAGAACUUGUGACAGAACUUGUCCUUCACUCACUUCUGGCUGCCCACCGGAGCUCUAUGCCUUGGACAUCCCUGACAGCUCUUCCAGAUUCCUCUUUUUACAAGGUUAGAUCAAAACAAAUAUUUACUGAUUAACAGCAUAUGUGGUCUGUCUUGAAACAAAACUCUUACUGCUUUACUACUGUGAUUUAACAUAUACCUGAACAUUUAUGUAGUGCCCAUAACAGUGUAAUAAAUGGUUUUGUAGUGGGGUUAA